CACUGCUUUGCCUUGACUUUGCUGUCAUAGCGUUGUGAUCUCCUUGAGAAACUUCCGGAAUCUACUCAUUAUUCCGCACACGGACAAAAUGUGUUGUUGGGUCGUUCUACUGUCAUGGAUUUUGGCACUGACCAUAUACCUGGCUCUGCGGAGCUAUUGUAUGAUCCACAAACCCUCGAAACCAUCCAAAUGCCCGGUUUCCGUGAACUACCACUUCACCCGACGGUGCAACAAAGCCUGCGGCUUCUGUUUUCACACCGCAUCUUCCUCACACGUCGAGUCCCUCGCAAACAUGAAGCAGGCUCUCACCCUCCUCAAAGAUGCAGGCAUGCGGAAGAUCAACUUCGCCGGCGGCGAGCCGUUCCUCUACCCCGAGAAACUAGGCCAGGUGGUCGACUACUGCAAGGAGACCCUGCGCCUGGAAUCCGUCUCCAUCGUCACCAACGGGAGCAAAGUGACGGAGCGGUUCCUCGCCCGACACGGAUGCAACAUCGACAUCCUGGCCGUCUCGUGCGACUCGUUCAACGAGUCGGUCAACGUUGCCAUCGGCCGCGGCUCCGGCAACCAGGUCACCAAGCUCUACGGGAUCCGGGACCUCUGCCGGGCGUACGGAAUCAAGUUCAAGAUCAACACCGUGGUCUGCCGGCUCAACCUCGAUGAGGACAUGAACCCGUUCAUCGAGGAGCUGCAGCCGUUCCGCUGGAAGUGCUUCCAGGUUCUGCUCGUCCCGGGGGAGAAUGAUUCGGAACGAAGGCUUCGCGAUGCCCGCAGGUUCUUAAUCCGGGACGAGGAGUUUGCUCAUUUCUGUGAUGUUCACCGCCGACAGAGAGCAUUUGUACCGGAGUCGAAUGCGCUUAUGGCGAAGUCAUAUUUGAUCCUGGAUGAGCAUUUGCGCUUUUUGGAUCGAGAUGGUCGUGAGCCGUCGCCUUCGAUACUGGAAGUUGGGGUUCAGAGGGCACUUGAGAGUGUCUAUUGGGAUGAGAAGAGCUUCAUCUCGAGAGGUGGGAUGUACGAUUGGUCGAGGGAUCAGAAGUCAUGUUCGGAAACCCACAGAGAUUUAGACUGGUAGGUGACUGAUGGAGCAAUGGAUUCAUCCUUUGUGUUUCUUCACGCGAUCGAGCAAGCCCGACAUAACCUUUGGUGGAGCUCACACGCUUCGUUCCUGAGCUUGAUAUUCUGGGGACCUGGUUCAAUAUAUAAAUGACAGAGCCGAAAGUGCACCAUUCGCACGCUCAUUUUCCAACAAACAAUUGCAGGUCUGAGCUAGACCAAAUGAACAGAAUAUGCUUCAGAAAGGAUGGAGAGAUAUGUUGACUCGAAG